AAUUGUUGCCACCAGCCGGAAGAGAAAAAGGAGUUCACACAGUGCUCAGGUGUACAACCUCUAUGAAAGUACAUCUUCAACAUCUAGCAGCAGCGCAGCAGAGUACCUUCAGUCCACUAGUGAUGAUGAGGAAGAUGAGGGGCCGGAAAGAAAGAAGAAGAGGAUGGAUAGUGUUGUAUUUCUUUGACCGGAAAGGCAGCCCAGGUCAAGGUCAGGCUCAGCAGGUGCAGGAGCAGGCUGAUGUCCCGUUAUACAGAAGUCCCGUUAUAAAGAGCAAAGUCUUCUGCAGGACAUUAACUGUCCUGUAGCAGAUGGUGGUCGUCAGGAGCCUCCUUCCAGUCAACCUGAAAAUCAGCAGAACAUUUUGAGCCGGUAUAAAGUUGGCUGAAUGCUCUGUGAAGGAGGAUUCGACACCGUCUAUGAAGGGAAGCGCUUGGAGAACGGCCUUGAGGUGGCAAUAAAAUUUGCCAGGAAGACGAGGAACAUGGUUUGCAUCAACAUUCCUGGUUAUCCUACACCUCUUCCAUUGGAGGUCGGCCUGUUACUUCUGGUUAAUAAAGAUCCUAAAGUACCUCAGACCAUCGAGCUGCUGGAUUGGCAGGACCAGCCUGACCGAUACAUCAUGGUCCUGGAACGUCCCUCACCUUGUGAAUAUCUGUUUGAUUAUGUUGAGCCAUGUGGUGGCACCCUCAGUGAGGAUGUAGCACGGCUGGUCAUGUGGCAGACAACAUACGCUGCAUACAUGUGCUAUCAGCGUGGAGUGUUUCACAUCAAGCUGGACAACCUCUUGAUCAGUCCCAAAACCCUUGAAGUCAAGCUGAUCGACUUCGGUUGUGGGGAUCUGCUGAGGAAAACUGGUUAUGACAUCUUCUGGGGCAUAGCAGAGUAUUUCCCCCCUGAGUAUGACAUGGAGGGCAGGUACCACAGGAAACCUGCUACUGUAUGGUCACUGGGAGUGCUCCUGUUCGUAAUGGUGUGUGGACGCUAUCCCAAAAGUAAGGACUUGCUGGAGAUAGGUUUGGGCAAAUGGUUUGAGCCUGGCUUGUCAGAUGAUUGCUGCCAUCUGAUUUGGUACAAUCUUCCUUCAGUUGACGUCAGUGGCCAUCCCUCCACACCUUAGCAUUUUUUGGAGCUGGCAAGCCUUGG